UUCCCAUGACGCUCGGCGGUUCCUGCGGAGCGCGCAUGUCGACGGACGGAGUGCGCGAGCCCGGCAGCUUGUGGCGAUCUCCAUGGAGCCAGCUUGGCGACAGCAGGGCAGAGGGCGCGGCCGGGGUCAGACGAGGACUCAGACUCCGGGUGACUUGUUACCAGGGCGAUCCCAGAUAGAGGAAGAUGGGGUGAGGGUGGGACGAGGACGGGGCGGUUCUGCUGUGACCACACUGCCCAAAGCAGAACCUCCACCCAGUAACGUCUUGUCUUCUCAGUCCAGAUUUGACGAGAUCCGGAAGUCCAACCAGGCUGCAGCUCAGCGACUGGCGGAGAAACCGUGCAGCUCCUCGUCUGAGGAGGAGGAGGAGGAGGAGGAUGAUGACGAUGUUGAAGAUGGAAGGCUUGGUAAACGAGGGACGAUUCUGCAGUCGACGCUCACUGCGUACACCAACCAUAUGGGAGGCGACGUGUCCGAAUUGGAGCGAACCCGUCGGUGCCUGAACGAGGUGUUCCAGUCUGGAGCCAUAACCUGCCUCAUCUGCAUCGCCUCUGUGAAGAGAACACAAGCGGUCUGGAGCUGUGUGGGAUGUUAUUGCAUUUUCCACAUCCCCUGUAUUCAGAAGUGGGCCAAAGACUCCAUCUUCUUGGUUUCCUCGGUAACAGACGAGGAUUUUGGGAAGAAGGAACACCCCUGGCCUUGUCCUAAGUGUAGGUAUGAGUAUUCUCCUCAGCAGACUCCAUGUCGUUAUUAUUGUUACUGCGGUAAAGAGGUUGACCCCGCCCCCGACCCCUGGCUCCUCCCACAUUCCUGCGGACAGGUGUGUGACAGGGAGUUCAAGCCGCCCUGCGGACACCGCUGCCUGCUGCUGUGCCAUCCAGGUCCCUGUCCUCCGUGUCCGAAGAUGGUGAGCGUGUCGUGUCUGUGUGGGAAAGCGGCUCCGGUUCCUCGGCGCUGCAGUAAUAAAGGCUGGAACUGUGGAAAAACCUGCAGCCGCACGCUGCCCUGCAGGAUCCACACCUGCACGCACACCUGUCACGCAGGUGUGUGUGAGCCGUGUCCCAGGGUCAGUGUACAGAAGUGUGUGUGUGGGAGGAGCUCGGCGCAGCGUCAGUGUGCCAGUCCACUGUGGCACUGCGACCAGGCGUGCGGGCGCCCGCUGCCGUGCGGGAAUCACACGUGUGAGCGCGUGUGUCACGCGGGCGCGUGUGGAGAGUGUCCUCGCGCGGGGAACCGGACCUGCCCCUGCGGGAAGAGCAAGUGCGCUCUGCCGUGUACGGCUGAUGUUCCUACCUGUGGGGACACCUGUGAUAAGAAGCUGGACUGUGGGUUACACAGCUGCUCUAUGCGCUGCCAUAAAGGACCCUGUGAAACCUGCAGACAGGCGGUGACGAAACAGUGUCGCUGUGAGCGCCACACUAAACGCAUGCCGUGCCAUAAGGAGUAUCUGUGUGACUCCAAAUGCAACAAGACACGAAGCUGCAACAGACAUCCAUGCAAGAGGAAGUGCUGUCCAGGUAACUGUCCUCCCUGUGAUCUGAGCUGUGGCAGGAUGCUCGGCUGCAGGAACCACAAGUGCCCGUCGGUGUGUCAUCCAGGGAGCUGUUAUCCGUGUCCCGAGGUGGUUCAGGUGAAGUGUGCGUGUGGUUCCACGUCUCUGAGUGUUCCCUGUGGGAGAGAGAAAAGCACCAAACCUCCUCGCUGCAAAGAGCUCUGCAGGAAUCCUCCGUCGUGUCAUCACCCCUCUCGAGAGCGCCACAGGUGUCAUUUUGGCACGUGUCCGGUCUGCAAGCAGGUGUGUCAGCUGCCCCUACCUGGCUGUACACACCUGUGUCCAGCGCCGUGUCACGACCAGGUGCUACUCAAAUCCAACCAGCGGGCUCCAUUAGCUGGUCCGUGGGAGCAGCCGGCAGCGCCAGCAUUUGAGUGUAAGGCUCUGCCCUGCCCUCCCUGCCAAGUCCCCAUACCAACGGCCUGUCUGGGAGAACACGAGGUCAGCCCGGUCCAGUGUCACGCUCGUGGGCCGUUCUCAUGUGGCCGGCCGUGUGGACGAACUUUGACCUGCAGUAACCACAGCUGCAGCCUGGAGUGUCACUCGGUGACCCCUGACCCCAAAAUACCGAAGACGGAGGCUGGUAAGGAGUGUGAGCAUUGUGAAGAGAGUUGCUCUAAGCCCCGCCCCUCUGGUUGCCCACACCCCUGUACCCUCCCCUGUCACCGUGGCAACUGCCCCCCCUGCACCCAGAUGAUCAGACAGCGCUGCCACUGCAAGAUCACCAACCUGUACAUCGAAUGCCUGAAGCUGACGGCUGCUGAUGAAGAGGCCCGAAAGCUGCUCACCUCCUGCAAGAACCAGUGUCCCAAACAGCUGAGGUGUGGUCACCGCUGUAAGGAGCUCUGUCACGCGGGAGACUGUGUGGAGAACUGCAGCCAGAGAGUUAAAGUCAAGUGUCCAUGCAAGAGGAUCAAGAAGGAGUUUUCCUGCUCUCGCGCCCAGCAGGAGGAGAAUUUGGUGCUGUGUGACGACAUCUGCAAAAAACUGCAGAGGAAAUAUGCUGAGGCUCGUGAGGCGGAGGAGAGAGCGAUAAAAGAGGAGGAGAUGAAGAAACAGCAGGCGGAGCUGGAGGCCUUUGAGAAGCGUCAGAAAGGAAAACGGAAGAAGAACAGACGGAACACAGAAGUGGAGGCAGAGGAGGGGGCGUGGCUUAAAUACAGAAAGUACCUGCUGGUGCCCGUUUGUGGCAUCCUAUUGGCUGUUGGAGCCUUUUAUCUGCUGCAGGUCAAUUAGAGGAGGAAAUGCUGGGUUAACCCCCCACCCCCACCCCCGCCCCGUGCAGCAUCACGCGUAAGAUGUUAACAGAGACAUUCAGAGUGUUUGGUGUGAAAUAGUUGAUUGUAGACUCGGACUGUAGUUUAUAUGGAAUGUUGUUGAUGGAAAAUAAUGGAAAACCUGGAAUAAUCAGUUUUCUUUGGGGACUAUUUUGUCCUGCAGUGCUGUUUUAGGCUACAACUAACAUAAAACAGCGUCUCAGUCAUCAGGCAGUGAAUUCAGGACCAUCUCACGUAGGAACUUUCUGUGAGGAGCUUUUAGAGGGACGUCUGGUUCCCAUCACCACCACUGGGAACAAAUGAAAGUUAUCUAGAACAGAGCGUUUGACACAGAACCACUCUGAAUGACUCUGUUUACGUCUUAACCACUUAAUUAUGAAGGACUGAAAAGUUGGUUUAGAUGACUGAGCUCAGGAGGCUUCGCCCACAUAUGUGCUCUUUCCUAGUUCCUGCUGUGAGGUUGGGAGAACUUUACUGAGGGCUGGUUAAAAUCCCGUUCAGAGGCUCCCGAGUGUGCAGCUGUCUGAACGUUGGUCCUCUCGUUGGUGGGGGUUGUGAGUUUGAGCCACAGUAAUUCCACAGCCAUGUAUUCCAUAGCUGAAUAUCACUGAGGAGAAAAAUGGGCAAAAGCCCCGUUCAGAACCUGCAGCACGCAGUUCGGGUUCUGUUAAAGUGUGUUAUAGCGUGAAUGGUUGUGGGUUUAGAGUUUCUGCAUAAUGAUGAGUUUCCAGUGCGGAACGCGACUCUAACAGUGUGACCUUUCACACCCUGAUGAUGGAAAUAUGAAGUAACGUUGCUUCGCUUCAUCUGCUGUACGUCUGUAUCUGAUCUACGUUACUGUAUUUGAAGCGAAUCUGAACCAGUUUCUCAGUUUCUGACUGAAGCGUUUACCAGCGUUCUGUAAAACCCGUCCAGCCUCACUACAGUAACUGUGGAGAAACAUUUGUGGGCGGAGCCUGGAGAGAGGUCACAUCAUGAACAUUGGUCACCGGCCCUGGUCCUGGAGAUGGACCAUUUUGUCGAUCACUGCAUGUUGACGACGUCUUAGACACAAAUAUUUCUGCAAACACAGCAUCACAGGCUGGGUGGAAGAGAACUGAGGGGUGCAGGUCUAGAGGAGGGGCGUAGAUCUCCAGGAGAGGUUUAGGUCUGCAGAGUCGAUCUCCAGGAGAGGCUUAGAUCUGCAGAGUCGAUCUCCAAGAGGGGGCAUAGAUCUGCAGAGUCGAUCUCCAGGAGAGGCUUAGAUCUGCAGAGUCGAUCUCCAAGAGGGGGCAUAGAUCUCUGACGUUGAUCUCCAGAAGGACCAAUGGGUUGGUGACCACAGCAAUGAACAAACUACACAGUCUGAAGUUUGGGGUGGGAAUCACUGCAGAACCUGACCCAGAAGCCCACUCUGUACGUUGGAAGCUGAAGUUUAAGCCAUCGCUGAGGACUGUGCAGGGUGGGCUUCACUGUGACCAAGAUAAUUUACUUUAAUGGGGUUACAUCCACGCACUGAUUCAUCCAAACUCCCUCUGGAGCUGUGAUUGGUCAGGAUGCUGGCGCUGAGGUUCAUUUUCCAUAUUGUAAUGUCCAAUCAGAAGAGAGCUUUGUGUAAAGCCGGUUUCCAUGGGGAUCCAAACAGCCGAGUGCUUGUCUGAUUUAAUGAAGCGUCUCAGCUUUUCGUACCAAAACAGAACAAAAAAAAAAAGUUCCAUGAGUUAAAUUUGACUCGCGUAGCCUGAAGCACAGACUUGGAGCCGACGCCAUCCCGAGUUGGCUUAGAGAAGCCUGGUUAUGGUUUGUUUCCUUUGGUUAAGAGACGAUGAUUAUUUGGAGUGUAAUGAAAUGUCCUCCUCCCUGAAGAGCAGGAAUGUGUGUUAUUUGAACACGGCGUGAAUAAAGUCACCCUUAAUUAAA